CAGCGCUGCUGCCCAUCCUCCAACGCAAGUCAUCAGUUAACGCAGCCGAUUAAGCACCUGACGCACGCCAGAUCAGGCCCGCGCAAGCACAUUGCUGGCCUCUAUAGAGCGCCUCUACACAUUUCCGUCCAGUUGUGCGGGAUUCUACCAUCACAGUCUCCCCGAUGGAUUUGAACAGCUUAAAAAAGCAGGUGUCAAACCUGACCCUGUACGAUAUCAAAGCUGGGGUGCGGAAGGUGCAAAAUGCCGUCAUGAACUACACCGAAAUGGAGGCAAAGGUUCGCGAAGCCACAAACAAUGAACCAUGGGGCGCAUCCUCUACGCAGAUGCAAGAGAUCGCCGACGGCACUUUCAACUACCAGACUCUGAACGAAAUCAUGCCCAUGAUUUACCGACGUUUUACGGAAAAGUCAGCAGAAGAAUGGCGCCAAAUCUAUAAGGCACUUCAAUUGCUGGAAUACCUCAUCAAGCACGGCUCCGAACGGGUUGUUGACGAUGCUCGAUCCCAUAUCUCGUUGCUCAAGAUGCUGCGCCAGUUCCACUACAUUGACCAGAACGGCAAGGACCAAGGCGUCAAUAUCCGACACCGUGCCAACGAGUUGGCCAAACUUCUCAGUGACGUUGACCUCAUUCGAGCUGAGCGCAAGAAGGCACGCGCAAACAAGGGCAAAUUCACAAGCAUGCAAGGCGGCAGUGGCUUUGGUAGCUCAAGCCGUUAUGGCGGCUUUGGAAGUGACACUGGUUAUGGAGGUGGCAGCAGCUCGACAUACGGCGGAUAUUCCGGCGGCGUCUAUGGUGACGGGGGCGGCUUCGGGGGGCAAUCUGACGAGUACCGCACAUCGCAGUCGCGGGCGGACAAGUUUGAAGAAUACGACGAGUUUGAUGAAGCAGAACGGCCUGCUGCAUCGGCGAAUCGGGUGACGCGGGACACAACUGAGCGGGCCGGUGUCAAGCGAACGACGGAUCAGCCGAAAAAGAAAGAGCCUGAGGUGGAUCUAUUCAGUUUCGAUGAGCCAGCCGCUCCGGCUGAACCGGCGCCAGCCAAAUCAUCCGGACUGGCAUCCCUGGAUAGCGGCGCCGCUGACGAUGACGAGUUUGACGACUUCCAAUCGGCGACUCCCGCUGCGCAGACAGCCGCGCCCCCAGCAUCGCAAACUGCGGCUCUCCCGCCGCCGAUCACGACAUCUGUAUCCAGCAUGCCACUAGCGGCACCAAAGCCUGUGUCUGCACCCCAGCAAGCAAACCUGAGCGGUAUGGUUGCCAUGUCGUCUAUUUCCCCUCCACCAAGCUCCUCCGCCAGCCCGGCCGCCAAUGUUUCGGCCUUCUCCACGCCCCUCGCCCCUAGCACGCUCUCUCCCGCCGCGCAGGCACCCAAGCCUACUGGAUAUCAGGCAUCUGCCCCGAAUUAUUUCACCUCGGUGCCAGCACCUAGCUCUUCAUCAUCCGUUGGGACCAAGCCUUCUAGUGGUCCUGGGGCUUCCAAGUCAGCCGCCGGGGGCGACGCGUUUGGUGCCCUUUGGUCGCAAGCAAGCUCUGGUAUAAAGAAGAAUACACAGGCCGGCCCGGGUCCAGCCUUGGGCCAGCUCGCGAAGGAGAAGAGCAAUGCCGGUAUCUGGGGCGCCCCCGCACCGUCCGCACCGAGCAGCGGCUCCACCGGUAGCAAGCCGGUUGGCAAUGGACUUGAUGACCUGCUCGGCUAGUUUUGAGCAUGUUCUAUCUCAGCUGCAGAGUAUUUGUGUCCCAUUCUCUAGUUUGUGAGAAAUUUAGAUCGGCUUUGGAGGAAAGAGAAAAUUUGGGGGUUCGAUCUGCCAGGACUGUGGCCCUGGGGCGGCGGCGCCAGAGAGUGACGUUAUUGUCAAACGGUCUUUGUGAGUCCUAACGCUCCGGCCACCCUGGCCUGCUGUGGUCUUCUAUCUUGGUAAAGACCUGCCGUGCCGCAAAGCCGGUGUAGACCCAUCCACCACGCCACAAUCACACAGCAAAAACACGGUGUAGCCCUAGCACGCUUUUCCGUGUUAACUAGUCACGGUUUGUAACAUUCUUACUCGCAAUCUUCUGAACAGUCUCGUGGCAAACACAUGGCCUCCCUUGAU